CUCACUCUCUCACUCACUCCUGUGCUUGUAGUUUGCGAUAUUGCAUGUACAUGAGCAGUCCGUCACUCAGGAGCGAGCGCGCGUGGAUUUUAACGGAGGGCUCGCUCUCAUCGCCUGCUUUUAAACUAAACCAAACACACGCUUGCGGCAUUGAGAGACCAGCAAACUCAGUGUUGUUGUGAGCUCCAGCGGGGGUCGGAUCGGCGGGAAUGGCUUCGUCUCCUUGCGGCGGUGGGAACUUUGAUUGCGGGUUGGAGAUCCAAACUCGCUCGGUGGAGCAAACGCUCAUCCCGCUCGUGUCUCAGAUUACCACACUGAUCAAUCACAAAGACAAGCUGAAGAAGACGGAGAAGACUUUACGGGCUAUCCAGAGAGUGGGCCAGGCGGUCAGUGUUGCAGUCGGACGCUUCGUGGCGGUGGGUGAAGCCAUUGCAGCGGAGAAUGAAGACUUGAAGGACGAGAUGGGACUGGCUUGCUUCGAGGCUCGGAGAGCAGGCACAGGGAUUGCUCAGCUGACGGAUGUGUCUGGUCUGGAGCAGUGUGAGGGUGAUGGCCGCAGCACUGUAUUCAGUGACAGGACCGGCAUGGUGAAAGCUGCCCGCAUGCUGCUGUCCUCCGUUACCAAAGUCCUGGUGCUCGCUGACUGCAUCGUUAUCAAGCAGAUCAUAAGCUCUCGCAACAAAGUGCUGGUUACCCUGGAGCAGCUGGAGAGAGUCAGCACUUUUCAGGAAUUUGUCCAAAUCUUCAGCCAAUUUGGGAACGAGAUGGUAGAGUUUGCCCAUCUCACAGGAGACAGACAGAAUGAUCUGAAGGAUGAAAAGAAGCGAGCUCGAAUGGCUGCCGCACGUGCUGUGCUGGAGAAAUGCACCAUGAUGCUCCUCACAGCCUCCAAGACUUGCCUCAGACAUCCAGACUGUGAGUCGGCGCGGAUCAACAAAGAAGCGGUCUUCCAGCGGAUGCGUUUAGCGCUAGAGCAGGUUAUCGAGAUUGUGACGGACACAAGGAGCAGCGGAGAGGCCAAAGCACUUCCUGUCAGCAUCUACGCUGGGAUUAAAGACUUUAAGGUUAAAGUGGAGGCUCUGAGGGACUCUUUGUACGGUGUGUCCUGUGAGGCUGUAGCAGCUCAGUUGGAAGCUCUGGUGGAGAAAACUGAAGAUUUUACAGACUCUGCUUACACCAGGCACGAGCAGAGAGAGACAAUCAUCCAGCUCUGCCAGAUCACACGUCAGGAGACCAAACAGCUCAUCAACACAUGGAGACACGCGCAAUCGCUUAAAGCCAAAGAAGCCACGGAUGAGAUGGAGCUCUCCAUUUUGAAGACUUGCCAGUGUGUCAGUGAUCUCAGGCAAGAGCUUCAUAAGGUAGCAGUAGGGAGGGCCACGGAGCUGCUGAAGCUGCAUUCAGAUCAUCUGGUGCUGCAGGCCCUGAAAGCCUCUGGUGGAGACGGAAACCUUGAGGCCGUGGCUGACUACGCCAGCACACUGACUGAACACAAGGAACAGCUGGUGGAGACUUGUCGUUUGCUCUGCCACGUCUCGGGGACUGAGCCGCUGGAGAUCACCUGCAUUCACGCUGAGGAAACCUUUCGUGUCAUUGGUCCACAGAUCAUCUCAGCGGCACAGACUCUUGCUCUGCACCCCACCAGCAAGAUAGCCAAAGAGAACCUGGAUGUGUUUUGUGAGGCCUGGGAGUCCCAGCUCUGCGACAUGGCGAUCCUACUGAAGGAGAUCAAUGAUGUGUUUGAGGGCCGCAGAGGUGAUAAGAAAACAUAUUUGUCUUUACCAAGGCCAGGGAAACACUCUGCUAACCUGAAGACAGUCAAGGCUGCCAAGCUUGAUGCUGAGGAGCAAACCACCAUCGCUAAGCUGGGUCUGGAGCUGUGUCUCCUCACCUCAGAUGUGGAUUCGGAGGUGGAGCGCUGGGAUGAGCAGGACCACGAGAUGGUGCGACUCUGUCAGAUCAUAUCCAGCAUGGCUUAUUCCAUGUACCUCUUCACCAGGGGUGAAGGCCUGCUAAAGACAACUUCGGAUUUGUUCCACCAAGCUGAGGUGUUGUCAGACCAGGGUUUCCAGCUGUGCCCAGUCCUCCAGUCUCUCUCCACACAGCUGCUGGAUGAAGACCGAAUGCUUAUUAUAUCUGAAACAGAGAAGCUGUCAAGUGCAUGUCAACAACUGCAGGCCUGUGCAAAGACUCCCGUACAGGGCAAGAGCGCCAUCUUUCAGAAGGUGGACUCAUCCAUACAGAAUACCAAAGGCAUCUUGAUAUUGGUGGUCUACUUACUGCCCAUGUGUAAUAAACUCAUCAGAAAGUCAGAGCGCAGCUGCCUGGCUUCACCCCAGCACUGGAGGGAGAAACAGUUAAGUGCGCCCGUCAGCGAGGAAACUCUCAACGGCAAAGGCUCGAACGGAUUCGGGGUCAAAUCCCUGGAGCAGCACAUGGCCAAUCUCACAUUCCUGGAGAGCAAAUAACUCCCAGAACCAAAGGCGCUCCUGUUUGUUCUUGUACACACAGUGCAUGGCGGUGCACUCGCUCACAACAUGCCAUUCUUUGUGCUUCUGCCCAUUCGCUUUGUGGUGUACGGUAGUGUUAGCAUUACCAGCCUCAUUCCAAAUACAAAAAAAAGACAUAUUGAAGAAAAAGCUAAACAAAACUUUAUUGCAUGUGUUUAAGUCAUUAUUUCGAGUGUAAUGGCUGGUAAAUAAGCUACGGUUUUAACCGAAACAAUAUUCAACGAUGUUUUUCGUGAUUAGCCAACAUUGAGGUGUAUAUGAUAAGUUUUAAUGCAAAAAAAACAAAACACUCUGCACACUGUAUUUAACAUAACUGCCUCAUGUACAAGUUGAUGCCAAAUAUGUCCAGUUUUAAUCAUCUUCCUACACUGGUCUCGAUACAGGGCAGUCGCUCACGGCUGUAAGACACAAAUACGGUGUUUUUUGGAUAUUACGAUGAGAAAAUAGGCAUCUUGAUGUUCCGUUUGAGAGUUUACAGGAAGAUAUGUUGUUUUCUAAAGAGGCAUUUCUGAAGGAUGUUCAUGAAAAAGGCGGUUUCUUUUAAAGGAGUGCUCCUUUUUUGGAAAUAGAUAAUUUAGAAGUCCCCUAGAGUUAAUCAGUUGAGUUUUACCAUUUUUUAAUCCAUUCAGCCGGAGAAAUUUUAGCUUAUCUUAGCAUAAAUCAUUGAAUCGGAUUAGACCAUUAGCAUCUUGCUAAAAAAUGUCAAGAAAGAGUUUUGAUCAUUUCUCUGUUUAAAGCUUGACUCCUCUGUAUCUUGUACUAAGACCAACGGAAAAUGAAAAGUUGCUAAUUUCUAGGGACAGCUAGGAACUAUACGUUCAUUAUCGUGUCAUAAUCAAGGAACUUUUCCGUUGGUCUUAGUACACGAUGUAACUACAAUAGAAUCAAGGUAUAAAUAGUAAAAUUAUCUAAACUCUUUUUUGACAUAUUUAAGCAAGAUGCUGGUCUAAUCCGAUUCAAUUACUUAUGCUUAACUAAGAUAAAAGAAGUCCCCUAGCAUUAAACCAUUGAGUUUUACCAUUUUUCAAUCCAUUCAGCCAAUCUUCUGGUCUGGCUGGAGCACUUUGAGCUUAGCUUAGCAUAAAUCAUUGAAUCAGAUUAGACCAUUAGCAUCUUGCUCAAAAAUGUCAAGAAAGAGUUUUAGUAAUUUCUCUAUUUAAAGCUUGACUCUUCUGUAUCGUGUGCUAGGACCAACGAAAAAUGUAAAGUUGCUAGUUUCUAUUUGGAUAGGAACUAUACUCUCAUUAUGAUGUCAUAAUCAAGGAACUUUUCCGUUGGUCUUAGUACACAAUGUAACUACAUUAGAAUUAAGCUAUAAAUGGUAAAUUUCUCGAAACUUUAUUUUGGACCUAUGUGAGCAAGAUGCUAAUGGUCUAAUCCGAUUCAAUUAUUUAUGCUAAGAUAAAUUAAAAGAAGUGCCCUAGAGUUAAACCAUUGAGUUUUAACAUUUUUCCAUUCAAUCCAUUCAGCCGAUCUUAAGGUCUGGCAGGAACACUUUUAGCUUAGCUUAGCAAAAAGCAUUGAAUCAGAUUAUACCAUUAGCAGCAUGCUCAAAAAAAUCAAGAAAGAGUAUUGAUAAUUUUUCUAUUUACAGCUUGAUUCUUCUGUAUCCUGUUCCUAAUUUCUAUUCGGAUACGGCUAGGAUAAUUAAUCUCAUUUUGAUGUCAUAAUCAAAGAACUUUCAAGGGUCUUCAAAGGUCUUCGUACAUGACAUAACUACAUUAGAAUCAAGCUAUAUAUAGGAAAAUUAUCUACACUUUUUUGAUGAAUUUGAGAAAGAUGCUAAUGGUCUAAUCUGAUUCAAUUAUUUAUGCUAAGCUAAGUUAAAAGUGCCCCGGUCAGACCGGAGAUUGGUUGAAUGGAUUCAAAUAUGGCAAAUCUAAACUGUUUACCUCUAGGAGACUUAUAAAAUUUGCCUAUUUCCAAGGUGGAGUGUUCCAUUAAAGAGAGAGUUCACCUAAUAAUUUAUUCCCACUCAUGUUGUUCCAGAUCUGUAUUUAUUCUGACACAAGAUAUUUUGAAAAAAGUAAACGAGGAGCAAUUUGUAUGUUCCACUGAAGAUCAUACAGGUUUGGAACAAUGCGAAGUGUCAUUUUUGGGAAACUUUCUCUUUAAGUGUAUUUUCAUAGGAGUGACAGCCUUGUAAUAGUAUUGACUGCCUUGUAGGUCACUGUGAUUUGUAUUUUUACUUCUGUUCUAACAAUGUAAGUGAGGCUUUGGUACAUUAACCUAAAAGGUUAGAGUGAAGACGGUAUGUACAGUCAAUCAAUAGUUUACGCUGUUGUGCAUUGAAGAGCAACAUUUUAGUAUGGCGCAGAUUAAAAGGCUCUUCAGAAAUGGGUUUCCAUUCACACACCAAUUCCAGUUGAUCUGUUUCUCUGAUUAUAAACCAUAAGCUUUAGAGAUGAUUGUGCAGCUAUGACUUCUCAUUGUAUUAGUGUUGGACCAUUUGAAUGAUUGUUAAAUCAGAAAAAAAGUCUAAAUAUACGUUAUUUUUCUUAAAAUAUUAA